CAACACUUAAUUGUAAUUUCAAAAUGGUGCACAUUGCAUAGGCCGUACAAUUGGCUGUUGUGUACAUUUCGUUCUUGAGCUAUUCGCCUGGUUUAAGCGCUAAAAAUAAGUUUGAUUCAAUUAAUGCAUUAUUGGGUGUGUUGUUAAAAUAUACAUCAACUAUACAUAAUGCUGGAAACAAAGAGCAUUGCUGCACUGGCAUACAAUGAGACGCCGCGCAAACGCAAAAGGGAAACUGGAAUUGGAACUGGCUGCGCUCCUCAGCCACCCUUAAAAAUCGAUGAGGCAGCUGCUGCCGUUGCAACUACUGCGUCAUGCUUCACUAACGCUGCAUUCAGUUCAACGCCAAAGAAACUGAUUGGGCGUCGUCGCAUUCCCAAGGCAAACGAGAAUCUAAAUCCAUUUGGUGCACAUCCUGGACUGGAAAUCAAAUCCAUUGCUGAACUGGCGACAGUACAGCAGCAAAAACAACAGCUGCCAACACCACCACCAGCACAACCACUUAAUCCCUUCGAGGUAGUGCGUCAUGCCUCCAAGAAAAAGAAGCGCGAACACGCUUGCUUCGAGAAUCCAGGCCUAAAUCUUGAACUACCCGAGCGCCAGUUCAAUCCGUACGAGGUUGUACGUUGCGUGGUCACGCCCACAAAGUGUUUUGUUAACGAGGCGCUCAAUUUGCGCGGCAGCGAUGCACCAGCAUCCCUGAAUCCCUUUGAGAUCCAUCGACAGAGCGAGAUCUCAGCAGCAGCUAGCAAUCCAGCGGGCGUGUCGAAUCCCGGCCUCGCCGAGGACCCACUGCCAACCACACUGAAAAUUGGGCUACCAUUUACGCCCACGGUGGGUUGUCGCAUCGAUUUCAAUGGCAUGUCGCUGGGCCAGUUGACGCCCAGCAAACUGCUGGCCGAAAAGCUGGUCUUCUCGCCGGUACCGCCGCUGCCGCCGCCAGUGGCUACCAAGCGCUCGCUGGGCGCCAUCAGUGAGGAGAGCAGCAGCAUGGAUAUUGGCAAGGAGCUGGAUCGUUAUCAGCUGGAACUGGAGAACAGCAUCAAUGAGGCAAAGCUACGCAAAAAUGGCGUUGUGCUGGAGACAACACAAACGGAGCUAGAAGUAGUGAUUGAUCAAAAGCAGAUGCAAUCCAAUGAGCAGUUGGAUCGGCGCAUUGUAUGCACUACUACGCGCAGGUGCACGCUAACCGAGAUUAUAGAGGCGCCGGAGGAAACAGAACUGGAGGAGCAGCCUCAAGAUCCAGUGCAGCAGCCGGAGGCGAAGCUAGCUGAUUUGGAGCUUGAAAGCGGCGAUGUGGCCUAUGCCUCCGAAUCGGAGCCAGAAGAACCAGAAGAGGAGCUAGACUUUAAGGCGCCCGCACGCUUUGUGCGCUCCUAUCGCCCAGCAGCCGCUACAAUUGCAGUUACUCAGUCCAAUCCCAUUGCUGGUAGCAAGGAAUCUCUGCACUCGAUUGCCUCCAGUAAAUCAGCCAAGUCCGCAGAGCUGAGAGCCAGCAGUUCUGGUCAUGGCGUUAGGAACAUGAUACGCAAAUCCAUUCGCAAGCUAAUGCAUCCCAUGCAACAACAGCAGCAUCCUCAGGCCGCGGCGGCGACGACCACAUCACAAGAGGCUGCAGCAAGCCAACAACACGGCAGCAGCAACCUUAUCAGCAGCAUACGCCACAGUUUGCGUCGUCGUCCGCAGAAGCUGCAGCCGGAGGAAUACACCCAAGCAGACAUAUCCAUUGUGGACAGCAGCGAGCGGACGAUGAAACUGCGCUCCAGCAUUCCACAAACCGAUUACAUGCGCAUUGAGCAGCUGACCAACGAGAAGAAGCACACGGUGCGCAACAGCAUCCGACGCUCCACACGCGAAGUGCUGCGUCAUGUGUUCCACAAGAGCCAGGAUGCCUAUGCGACGGCAACGGCCAAGUGAGCCGCUCACAUGCCACACUACUCCUUCACCACUCACACUACAAGUUCUUUAGCAUCCAAAGAUUGUCUACAAAACACCAUCACCAUCCAACCGAAGUUGGUUCUUGGUUCUUCUUAUUUUUUUGCCUCGUCUUGUUUGAAAUUAUGUUUUUUUUUGCUAUUUUGUAAACAUUUACAUUAUGAUUGAUUAUUUUAUGGGCAGCAGAGCUUCUGAGAGAUCUGAUAGUUACUUAGUGCCACAUAUCUUAGUGGCAAAUAUCUGAAUUGAAGAGGUUCUUGUCUCAAGCAAAACAUAUUGAAAUGUACAAAUCCCUGGAAAUUCAUAGACUACAGUUAUUAGAAAAAUAGGUUUUUAAAUACUGCUCACAUUUAAUUUUUUGAACUUGGGCCAGGAAUGAUUUAAAUCGGCAGACAUAUCGUAUAACAAAAUUAUAUAUUAUAUUGUUAGAACUUUAUACUUAUAUUUUUGAAAGUAAUCCUAAAGAUUUGACCAGAUAUCGGAUGAACUUUUGAGUCAUAAGCAAAUAUUAUUUGAACUUGAAUUUGAAAUGCACCUCUAGUUAAGUUUUACAAAUGUUUUGCACGUUUAUUUAUA